AUGGUCAUUGGCAAUAACAAUGCCAAUACCAACAGCAAUAGCAACAGUAACAGCAACAGCAACAUCAACAAUCAAACACUACGUAUUGCUGAAGAGAAGGAACAGAAACGUCUUGAUCAAGAGAAUGAAUGGCACAAACGUGUGGACAAUGGAAAUGGUCUGAUAGUACUGCUCAUCCCUCAUUCACAUUGUGAUCCAGGUUGGCUAAGAACAUAUAAUCAAUACUUUGAAGAAAAGGUACAUGCAACACUUAACAAUGUAAUACAUACAUUGGAAAAUGAGAAAUCAAAGACAUUUGUAUGGUCAGAGAUUUCAUACUUCAGGACAUGGUGGGACUUGCAAGACAGUUACACACGCAUAAUCACACGCCAACUCAUACGUAGAGGACAACUUGAGAUCAUUGGAGGUGGAUGGGUACAGAAUGAUGAGGCCGUGGCCCAACCAAAUGAUGUUAUGGAUCAGAUCACAGAGGGCUUCCAAUGGCUGCAUCGCACAUUGAACAUCACUGUUGACUAUGGCUGGCAGAUCGAUCCGUUUGGACACUCAUCACUCACUCCGACACUAAUGUCCAAGCUCAACUUCAAGGCAGUGGUCGGCAACAGAAUAUCAGAGACUUCCAAGAACUACUUGAUCAAGAAGCGUCAGAUGCAAUUCAUGUGGGAGGGCUCGCCCUCGCUGGGCGACUCAUCACAGCUCUUCUACCAUCUGAUGUACCAACACUACAGCUAUCCGGAUCAAUACUACAACGAGGACUUGUCCUAUUUGGCCGAUCCAAACGUGUCGGCAGACACUAUCAUCGACGUCAUCCACAACGCUUCAUUGGCCUACAAGACACGUGUGCUGUUCCUGCCGAUGGGCGGAGACUUUGCCUACUCCAAGUACUCAGAGUUCAAGUUCAACGAUGACAUGCUGAGAAUCGUCCAGCAGCGCAAGUAUGACGUUGGCAUCGAGGAUAUACGUUAUGGUACCAUUGGCGAGUUCUUCAAGCUACUCAAUCAUGAGCUAAAGGAGCGCAAGGUCUCCAUCCCCCUGUUCAACCAUGACUUCUUCCCCUACGUUGCUGGACCUACUCAGCCAUGGACUGGCUUCUACACUUCAUACACAUUGUUCAAAGUAUUGGUUCGCGAUACAUCAUCACUCGUUCACGCGACAGACAUAAUGUACAGCAUGGCAUUGGCCAAGGCCACAAGUAUGGGAGAUGACUCUGUGUCCAAGUUGCAAUCACUAUAUCCAAAGUUAGAGGAGUCUAGAAGGUCUGUGGCAUUGACUCAACAUCAUGACUCUGUGACUGGCACGUCAAGAGCGGAUGUAAUGUACAACUACACUCAAUAUUUGAACAUAGCGACACGCGAUAGUUAUGAAGUGAUGUCCAACUCAAUCGAGUAUCUUAUACAUUUGAGUGGAGAGACAUCUGAGCAAUCAGCAUACGAGUAUCACAAUGUAUUGGACUUGAAUCUAUUGCUGUCCUCUGGCGUGCCCGACCACUCAUACUCUUUGGUCUUUGUCAAUCCUCUAUCAUGGCGCAAGAAUCAUCAUUAUAGUAUUCGAUUCACAUUGGACGAUCAUAGUAUGCUGGAUCAUAUCGAGCUCAUCAGUUCGAAAACAUUGUCAUUGGUACCAAUUCAAAUCGCACCGAUCGUGCCCCAUGACAUGCCAGAAAUGUCUCACUUGGCCAAUCAAUAUAGCCUCUACUUCAUUGUCGAGGUGCCAGCCAUGGGACUAAACACAUACUUUAUCAAGAUUAGACGUGACGGCAACAAACCAGCGACCACCGCCAUGUCCGAGGUGUUUGUGUACAAGUCUGAGCGAGAGCUCAGCGCAUCCAAUCAUCGUAUACUCUCCUCCAAGUUCCUCAACGUCAAGUUCCAGGCCAAUGGCAUGCUCAGCUCAAUCACCAAGACCACCAACAAAGAGGUUAUCUUUGUCCUAACCAAGGAGACUGUCAAUCAAUAUCACUCAGAGACUAGCGGCAACUAUAUAUUCACACCGCAAACCAAGCAUGCUUAUAAGUUCAAUGAGCAUACUAGGUUCUACGUGGUCUCGGGACCACUGGUCAAACAGUUGACCAUCAUCAAUUAUGGAGUGAACGUGUCGGACUCAAUGUUUGUUCUACAUCAUCGAAUAUAUAGCAAUGCCGACAAGGUGUCAGAGACACCGUUGGUCACCGAAGAGAUUGUCGAUGUCGGAUACUCAUUGAUUGGACAAUACUUCAAGGAGACUGUUAUCAACUAUGAGACCAACCUUGAAGGUUCCAACACAAUAUACACAGACAAUGGAUUGGAGACACGUGAGCGAAAGAUAAACAACAAGAUGGACAUCAACUACCAGUACUUCCCAGUGCUACACUACGCCAACAUCAAGGACAGGCUAUCGACAAAGUAUCAGUUUACUAUAUUCACAGAGAGAAGUCAUGGAGUUGGAUCAAGCUCACCUGGUGAGUUGGAGAUUAUGAUUCAUAGGACGACAUGUGUGGACGAUGAGAAGGGAUUGUUGGAACCAUCCAACGACCUGACAAGGGUCGACGGAAGGAUCUAUCUGUCAGUGGACUUUAGGGAGAAGAUAACGACCAAGCUAAAGGAAUGGAGUCUUCAACUCACUACACCACCAAGAAUGAUGGCCAAGUAUCUCAAGAUUGAUCACAGGCAAUACUUAAUGGAGCAUCAAUCAUCAAUGUCAUUCCUUAAGGAGGACUUGCCACCAAAUGUACAUAUAUACUCUUUGAAGUCUUAUAAUGACCUACGCAAUGGCGAGCAAGCAAUACUCAACAUGAGGAUAGGACAUUUAUUCUCAGCUGGACAGACAUUCAAACAAGUCAAACAUCUUUCAGACCCAGUCAUGCUAAGCAAACAUUCAAUAUUCAACAGCAUGGAGUAUGUUAUGAACUAUAACCAACAGACGAAUCUGGCAUUCCUUCCAAUACGAUUCGAUUUGGUUGAGCAUAACAAACAACAUUACAAAGUAGCUGGUGUUGUGGAUAUACCUUGGAGCACUGGAACAGCAGAGUUUGGUGCAAAUAGAGGUGGUAUUGGACAUUCAUCCGCUGAUGACAAUGGGAAAGGUGCCAUCAGGUUGUCCCCGAUGGACAUCAAGUCCUAUCAACUGACACUCAAAUAUGCACCACAGGGAUCAUUUGGCAAACUGAAGUACCAAGUUGUAGAGUUGCCAUCGGGAACCAUUAUCAAAUACUCUCACGACUUUUCAACUCACAAGAUAUCAGAGAUACCAAACCGUUAG